UCAUAGAUUUAUUAUGUAGUAGUAACAUGUGUGUUGCAGGUUCGUUGUUGCUGCAGUAUCACCAGCAGUGGUGGUGCCAUAUUUAUUAAGAUUAAGUGAAGAAGGUUAUGGGGUGGACCAAGGUAUUCCAACACUGGUCAUCGCAGCAGCCAGCAUUGAUUGCGUCUUGGCUAUCACUGGCUUCAGCAUCAUGCUGGGAUUAACAUUUGCUAAAGGUUCUGUAAUCUGGACAAUAUUCGAAGGUCCUGCUGGGAUGGUUCUAGGUCUCUUUUGUGGCAUUGUCUUCGCAAUAUUGUGUUGGUUCUUACCUUAUAAAGACAAGACAAAUCGAUCAACAUACAAGUUUAUUAUCAUCUUCAGUCUGAGCGCUCUGGCCAUUUUUGGCAGUCGUAGGGCUGAACUGGAAAGUACUGGACCAAUAUUAGUACUGACUUUAGCCUUCGUUGCUGAGUUAGGCUGGCACAGACUGGGCACCGAGGACAAAUGA